CUUCUAGAGCAUAGUAGUAUUCAAGGGACCCGAAGUACUGUACAUAGUUGAAUUGAGAAAUCUGAUACUGAAAUGGCGCCCGCAAGGCGCUAUGCGCGCCACUUUCUAGGGCCUCACUGAAACUUGUCUUCUCAAAACCAGAUAGUCUGUCAGAAUAUUUUUGCCUGCCCACUAGCCGGUCUAUUUUUACGCUUUGAGAAUUGAAGCUUGUUCAAGAAAAUGAGCAUGCAAGAAAUCCUUGCCGAUGGAUGCCCCGCAACUGCAGAGCCUAUUUUCCGAAGACUCUGUUGAUUUGGCCAAAACUGCCGAUGGCUUUAUCGACCACAACCUGAUCUAUGAGCAGUUGCAGGAACGGUUCAGCAGGGCAUACUCUUUGUCCCAGAAACUCUUUGUCACGGAAAAAACUCAGCGGCAGGCAUUGUACCAUUAUAAGAGACGCGUAAACGCGCUUCUAGACGUGCUUCAGGAUAUGGAGGGCACCGAGUCCGCCGACGUCGACCAGCCCUUAGAAAUCGAUCAUUCCCGUUUGACGCUGCUUAUCACAUGGCGCCCCGAGCUUGCCUCUACUCUCAAUCCAGUGCUUCAGCUUGCCGCUGGCACGGAUAGCCCGGCACAGAUCCCGCUCAAGCGAUCUUAUGCUGUCAAUCUUGUCGUGGAGGAGCUGAUUCCGGAAAUAGCCAACGACGAGCUGGACGCCGUGGAAAUUAAUCCGCAGAACACAGAAAUGUGGAUCCGGCGCAAUCUUCUGCAUUUGAUCAUGUCGAAGUUCACGCCUGCCGAGGUCACGCCAAAAGGUGUGCGCGAAUACCUGGAUCCCUUACCCAUUGGCUCGAAGCGCAAAAAGAGAUCGUGA